AAGCACUUUUUUAAACGAAAUAAUCGCUUUUGAGACGUUUAUUCACAAUAAGAUGAAAGAAUGAAUUGAAAUUUUAAAGAUUUAACUCAUAAAAUAAACACAGUGCACAGAUUACUUAAUCUGAAUGCAUGAAAGGUCCCGGACAUAAUUUUGUAAAAUGGCUAUUUUGAGUAAAUUAAUGGAAGUGUCCCUUCCAUAUAAUUGCUAUGAAAUCAUUCACCCGUGGGAACCCGACUGCAACGUUGUAGCUCUUGUUGCCGGUGCAAAUGCAUUUUAUGAGGCACUGAAAUUAUAUGCCCCCUUGUAUCUGGUCACUUAUUUGCUGAAAAAGAGAUUCACUUUGGAGACUACCGUUAACACUGUGAAGAACUUAAUAACGUCUGCCAGCUUUCUUGGAUAUUACGCAUUCUUUUUAUAUUUCUUUUAUUGCCGCACGAGAAAAUCACUGGGAAGUUUUUACUAUGUGAUUUCUUCCUAUUUUCCUGCAUUUGCAGCUAGCGUGCUGUGCUAUUUUGUUGAAAGAGAGAGCAGGAGAAGAGCUUUAACCGUCUAUUUAGCGAAUGCGGCAACAGAAACAGCUCUCCGCAUGGCGAUGGCAAGGGGGAUUCUAAAACCUUACCCUAAUGCUGAAGUUUACCUAUUCUGCGCAACAAUGGCCGCUUUUUUCUACUUUAUAAAGAAAUCGGGAUUUUCAGAAGAUGCUGUAAGUAGUAUAUUCAAAUUUUUGUUUGGAAAAGAUGAAGCCCAGAGAAAGGAUGAAAAAGAUGUCAGAAAAAUUCUAUGUGAUGGUGCAAAUCCACUUCUGCUGGAAAAAAAAUUUUCAAGGGGAAUAACGUUCAAAGACAGAAUCAAAGCUACUUUCUCUGACCGAAUUUUCUCACUAAAGCAUGCUUCUUGCCAUCAUGCUUCCGGUUGCAUGAUCUACUGUCUACAGGGUUUCCUGCGUCCUUUUCUUUUGGGAUACGCCGCCUUAUCAGUGAUCCGCUGCCUGUCACUGAGCAAGAAACUACUUCAGUCUCCCUCUCUUCUGGUUUCCCUGUUGACUGACAGGAGGAGCUUCAAUCUCGGUCUGUUUCUAGGUGGCUUUGGUGGAAUCUUCAAGGUCGUUAAUUGCCUUCUGCGAUGGUAUGCCGGUAAGGAUCAGCCCAUUCAUGCCAUUCCUGCAGCUCUUCUAGGAGGAUUAUGUAUGAAAUUCUUUCCGAGUUCAACAAUUUCUUUCUACUUAUUGUGGAAGCUAUUAGAGUUCGGAUAUUUAUCAGGAAUAGAAGCAGGCAUUCUACCUCAUGUCAUGGGAUUCCAGCCUCUGCUUCUGUCUGCAUCCACAGCCUUGUUAAUUCACUCUUCAGCCCUUGAACCUCACAAUCUGAAGCCAUCUUAUUUGAGAUUCCUACAGCAGAUUACGAAUAAUAAAGUAUCGCAAGUGAACGUCGGCAUUCUGGAUAUUUUUGGAACACAUGCUUCGAAGAUAAGACCAAAUUUCUGGCCGAAACUGGAUCAUCGCUACACAAGCGAACAAUAUAAAGAUAGCGCACUUCUAUGGUUGAUUCCUUGAUAGAGUUUCUUCUGAUAGGUGUGAUAUUACUAACACUUGAAAAAUUACUUGAAAUUUCUUUUAUCAGUAUCUUAUGUGCAGGCUAUUUUGAAUGAUUCCAAAAGAUGUAAAGCGAUUAAAAAAAAUAACUAAAAGGAUCAAUAUAGGAAUAUAUAAACAGAAUUAUGCGCAAAUAGUAGCUAUUUAAUAAAAACAAUGAUAAACGAAUGCAUAUAAAAUCUACUAGAAAGGUUAUAUGAGUGGAUUAAAUUAUUAAAAUUUAUUAAAACUGACGAAAUUUGCAAAGAUGCACAUCUUGUGAAUAAUGCCGGAUUCAGACUUCGGAGGCCUAUCAAGAAUUCUUGUUUCAAGAACAUUUGCUAAUUUGUGUUCAUCAGAAGCUAUGGAAUCUCAUCAGCAAAACAUUUGAAAUAACCCCAGACCCCAAUUGAAAAAAAUCAAUUGAAAAAUUAAUAGAGAAUAGCUAUCAAAGGAUAGAUCAUCCCCUGGAAAUUGCAGGCUGUUCUGAUAUUCUUGUUCUUAUUAGUUGAAAUCUCAUACAAACAUACUGUUGAUCAAUCAUAUAUAUUAGCAGUUCCACAGACUAAUCCAGAUUGAAACCCGUAUCUCAGCAUUGCUGCCUAUUUCUCUUCUAAUUUAGACUAUGUCUUUUCUUGGAAUGAUACCCUGAAAGCGCAAUUACUUCUAGAUCAAGCAAUUACUUCUAGAAAUGGCACUCUAGUUUAUACAUCCCUACAUAAAAUAAUGUGGCUAGACUGAUUUAUUCUCCAAGAUUUUACUGUACUCCUUCGAUUCACUAAGUGUUUAGGAAACUCGCUUUAGUUUAGGAAAUUUUUUCUCCCCCCCCCCUAAAGUGUUUGAGAUUUGUGAUUGAAAACUAUUGUACAAUUUUUACAUAUAAAUAUUAUGAAAAAAAUUAAAUGCAUGUCAAUUUUCAAAAUUUCAAAACUCGUUCAAUUUUAGUUUCAAAACUGUGGAUCGAUUUUUGUUUAAAAUUUCAAA